UCAAUAUAUGCUCAACGACCAACGUGUUCAGGCUUAAACUGAAUUUUGUUCAAACGUAUUUAAGUAGAAUUAAGGGCGGAUAUUACUGCAACAUGGAUGCAAUAAUUCAAACAAUAUGCCUUUGCAUAUUCUUUAUUUCAUCAAUCAUUUCGAAUGUACAUGCAGUGGAGUAUUGCAAUUCUUUUUACUACUGUGAAGACGGAUACCAUUGUUGUGACGACGAUACCCAAUGUUGCUCUGACACAUUUUUGACGAUUGGUGCAAUCAUUGGUAUAGUGAUCGGAUGUAUCGUUUUCAUCAGCUGUUGUGUUGCUGUGAUAUGCUGUGUUAGAAAGCAUAGGCACCAACCUGGCCAAAUCGUCCAGCCACCACAACAACCUGGUGUCGCGAUGAUCGCAACUGGACAGCCACAAGGUCAACCGAGAUACGGUCAACCGAGAUACGGUCAACCGAUGUAUGGGCAACCUAUGUAUGGACAUCACCCAUACGGUCAGCAACAUCAUGGUGUGCGGUAACAAAGCAGAAACAAGCAACCCAGCAUAUCCACCUCCGCCGCCGAAUUAUUAGUGCAAAAAUAAGUGUUUGUAAGCGAAUUGUGAUACGUUAUACUAUGUACUUUUUACCAUUAUUUUUUAAGCACUUUGCAUAUAUCCUUUUUAUUAUUACAUAGAUACAGUUCAAUAUCAACAUCAUAUAAACUGUUUAUGAAAUAAUAAGAAAAGUCUCAGUAUCGUGUUUUUGGCCUCACUUUGUCAUACAGAAGUGACUCUCUAGUGUGUCCUUUAUCUGUAACACAUCCUGGAUAAACUUAUAAUAAAAUUUUGUUCUUUAUAAAAAGCCCAGUUUUGAAAGUAUAUAUAAGCUGAUAUAUUUUUACUAUUUUAAAUCAUUAAAUUCUCGUAUUUCCGUCAGUAAUGCACAUUUGACUCUUAUUACAUACACUUGUAGUUAAUAGGGUUUUUGAAAUUUCCUCAACUGAUCUGUAAUUUUAAUCUUGUUUAAUCUAAUUCUAUUUUGUUUGACAUAACUACAGUAAUGAUUUCAUCUACGCCAAAAAUAACGCAAAAUUAUAAGCAUAAUUAAAAACAACGCUGGAGAGUUUAAACCGGUCAACUGGUUAAUUAAGAAAUAAUAAGUUCCCAAACGUUGUUUAUCGUAGAAUAACCCGUGUUUUGAGUUCUUAUGCGUAAAAAUAUAUCACGAAGGCCGUAGGCCUGAGUGAUAUAUUGUUUUGCAUAAGAACGAAAAAAUCGGGUUAUUCUACGAUAAAUCACACUUGGGAACUUAUUAUUUCGAUUCAAACACGACAUACUAGUAUCAAUAGUGUUAGAAAAAAUGGUAACUACUUUUUACGACCGUGCUACGCACCUGGAUCGGAUGACGUCAUUGCACGCGAGUGGUUUAUUGCAGAAUAACCCGAGAUAGAUUUUGCUCUACAUGUAUGUAGGUUAUUUGCUGGUCGUGUUAGCAAUGUGCGUAAACCCUCAUUCUAUUCCAAAGUCCCAUUGGGCAUCACGUAGUCCUUCACCUGUCCAAUCAUGCACAAUCAAAUAGGAAAGCGUAGCGUCCAACCGUAAAAAUGCUGAACAACAAAUAUGCGGUGUGUCUAAAAACAGUAAGGCCAUAACCUAUUUUUAUAAAAAAAAUAUGACCAAGAAUCUACAACUAAAACUACACAAAGAUUGCGGUGACAAUGAUAUGUUUCACGUUGCACUAUACACAAUAUGUGGCUUUUGACAGCAAAUGUCUGCGUUAGUUUUUAAUAGACCUCGUAUAUUGAUUACAUUCAUUGAAAUAAAUAUGACUACACGCCCAACCAAAUAAUCCUUAAAAUUUUAUAAUGUAAGUUAAGAAGUACAAAAUAUUAGCACCCACAGUUUUAUACCGAGUCAUUGUACUAUUAUCUAUACUACCGUUUCUGAGAACUUUGUUUUUACGAAAAUCAUUUCAGAAAAUGCUUCCUUUUUGAUUUGCGGUAUUUCAAUUAUACCUACACUUAAACCAUUAUCGGCACAAUCUGUUCAAUCACUUUCGGCAACAAACAAUUCGUGAAUAGUCGAGACAACCUUUACGAAGACCAUUAAGUGUAACACUACCAGGUAUACCCAAAUAAUGAAACCAGUGGCACGUUAAAGGUGUCGUAUGUCAACAGAAACACAUUCUUUAAUGCAAUACGUUGUUUUUGUGAAAUAAUAAUCGGUUAACAGCUUUCUAAAUUGGCCUUUAGAUAAUUUUUAAAAAGGUUUGCUACUACCGUCUGAUCAUUGCAAUUAUUUUGGCUGAUGAACAAAUUCCGUAUUAAGCAAUACUAUUGCCUUUUUCAGUUUUUAUCUGUGCAAGAUAGAACCUUUAAAUUUUUUAAUGAGUAUGUGGCAAUCUAUGAUAGCUUUUGUAAAUGUUUAGUAUUGUAAAUAUCCCGGACGACGAUGGGUAUUCUAUAAUAUGUUUGAUGUAUUUUAAUAGGUAAACGUUAAACGUACACAAUCUGCUACACUGAUUUGAAUAUUAUAUUGAAAAACAAAUAUACCCAAUUUAUACUGACGAUUCAAAAUACGUUUUAUAGGUAGGUUGUGCAGCCGUCAGUCAUCGAACAAAAUUACGUUUGCUAAAUAACGCAACAUUUUCAGCCGAGGCAAAAGCUAAUGAGUUAGCUCUACAUUUUAGAACAUAAUACAAUGAAGACAAUUUUAUUAUUAUAUCUUCUUCGACUCAUUUCCUGGUUAACAGUGGAUUCAUAACAGAAAUAUGGAAAAUCCUUUCGUUCAAAAUAUACUUCUCAUGGUGCAUGCAUUAUCUUUUUAAAAAGCUGCUAUAUCUAUUUGGAUUCCAAGUCAUGUUGGUUUUAUGGGAAACAAAAAUGCUGAAAUCUCUUUCAUUGCCACAA